CUUUCCCGGAAAAAAUAUUUUCUUAAUAUUAUUAUGGCACAAACGCUCAUUGAAUUAUAUCGCCCUAAAACUAAAUACGUCCAAACCGUUCGUCGUUUAGCUUCUUAGAUACUUUCUUUUUUUCCUUUUUUUAGAUACUUUUUUUAACUAGUUGUACAAACAAACGAUUUGGACAUUUCAUCAUCUAUGUUGGAACGUUUUAAUGUGCCCCCUUUUUUCUAGUUGGUGGUCCAGCUUCUGCAGUUUAGCUAUUUCUCAAAGGGGACGCAUUGCCGUUGCCCGCCCUUCGCAUAACCGUACCCUUACUCUUUCUCGAAGACACGUGCCUAUCUGACGGAUGAGUCGUAGCUGGUUGCAUUUCUAAAUCUAGUCUAAAGCAGUGGGCGGAACUCCGGCUUGUGUAUGAAUGUUGUAUAUUGCUCUAUGUGUUAUGUUAGGACACGCUUUUACAAAAAAGUAUAGCUAAAAAAAGGUACACCAAUGAGAACCUGUAGUGAAGUUACGUGAGCUUGUAGUCGUUGGACUGGACAUACACUUCGAAUAUAAGUUGACUAGAUAUUAUCUAGUUCUUGUGAUUUAGACAGAUUUUCAUUGCGUUUAGGCGAGCGUGCAGUGGGUGCGCUGUUCGGACAUACGACGGUAUGUCUUGGAGCCGGAAUCUCGUAGUGAAAGCCUAUUGAAAAGCAAUUUUCUACAUUCAUCUGUAUGCGGUCCUGAAAAUGUGAGGGCCCCUGUUGUGUCGGCGACCUGAUAAGAAGUCUGUCGGCACGCGUGGCCAGUGGAGUGAGAAUUCGCUUAUGCCACUUGCAACCUCUUCCUAAUGAGUAGCUUCGCAAUCCUCGGUGCUUCGUUGACUUCACGUAAAAAUUCAGGCCAGCUAAGAUAGAAGGCCUGUAGGUCAGUUUCCGGACGACCGGCCGUUAUCUACGACAGCAACAGUUGAACCUCAUUUCGUCAUGGGUAGUUCCAAACUACGUAGCAAGAUUCGCGCACUGGCGUGCGAACAUUGGCUUAUGCUCAUAGCCGUUAUCCUGUUUUUACUAGCUCUUCGAUGCCCCACAGGCUGGGGUGUGUCCUACACGUCUCUUGAUGAUGUGGUGUCAUGCGUGCCUGUACAAGGCCACUGCGAGCUCAUCCCUAACAGUCGCAACUAUGGUCCCGUUCGUCGGAUAGUUAAUGAGGCGUACCUGCGAUCACUCGAAAGGCGACUUAACAAACAUUUUAAUAAAAGCGGUCUAUCGCUAAUACAACCGGAAGGCUGCGAGCCAGCAUAUCGCACAGCCAUUGUGGUACCUUACCGGAAUCGUUCAGAACACCUCGAAUUAUUUAUUCAACAUAUGCAUGACUUCCUUGCCGGGCAAGGUAUUGCGUAUGCGAUAUACAUAAUUCAACAGGACAAGGAAGGCCAGUUCAACCGAGGGAUGCUAUUCAAUGUCGGCUUCCGUGAGGCACUUAGAGAUUUUGACAAUUUCUGCUGUUUUAUUUUUCAUGAUGUGGACCUGCUUCCGGAAAAUCCACAGAAUGCGUAUGCAUGUAGCAGCCAUCCACGGCAUAUGUGCGUGGCAAUCGAUACGUUUCGUUACGUCGUACCAUACAGUAACAUCUUUGGAGGUGUGGUUGCUAUGCAACGCGAACACGUUUUAAAGGUGAAUGGCUUUUCCAAUCGAUUCUGGGGUUGGGGUGCCGAGGACGAUGACUUAGCUUUGCGUCUACGUCUGGCUGGUCUUACGAUCUCUCGUUGGCCGCCUCAUAUAUCCAGGUAUACAAUGUUAAGCCACGGCAAGGCAACACCAAACCCCGGCCGGUUUUCUCUGCUGCUAGAAACCGAAGCCAAAUGGAAAUACGAUGGUUUAAGCGACCUACGCUACGAUGUGCUCUCGAUCAACCGAAAUCCCCUCUUCACAAUGAUCACCGUUCACCUUCACAAGAGCCUUUCUAACUGAUCGAAACGCCCAUUUCUUACCGAAUCUUGCUAGAAUUCUUCACGGCUUUCCGUAUAAUAGCGGUCGUUAUAGACAUCAAGGCGCAACACCAUAUCCAGUUCGAACUUUCCCUGUAAAUAUGUAUGGAGCGAUAGAGAAACGUGCAUAAAAUUGUCGUCAGAAGCUA